UCAUCGCAAAAUAAAAAAAAAUCCCGUAUUAAGAAAAUAACGAUUAAUGAAUACUUUUCCGCGAUUGCAGUCUAUUAGAUGGUUUUUUAAAACACACAUUUUUCGGUGUUUAUUUGUCGCCGCGUAUUAGUUUAAUAGAGAAAAUCUUUUUUACGGAACACAGACAUCGAAUAUAAUUUUUGACAUAUGUAUUUAUCCGGCUCGGAGUGAGAAAUUAGCAAGCCAUGGCGUUACUCUACCGACGCAUGUCGAUGCUAUUUAACAUAAUCUUUGCGAAUAUUUUCCUUUGUACAAUUUGUGUGCAAGGAUCUAUAAAACAAGAAUGGGCAGAAAUAGGAAAAAACGUAUCGUUAGAGUGCAUCUCUGAAAACGAAGCUGUCGUAUGGAAAUUGGGAAAUCAGACUAUUGAUAAAAACAAUACAAGAUAUAAAAUCAGAACUGAUCCCUUAAAGUCCAACGACGACGUUAGUGAAACCAACGAAAGUCAAGAUUUUAUAAAGUAUAAAAAUGUCCUGACGCUUCACAAUGUAAAUAUGAAGGAUUCGGGAAACUACACCUGCACAUCCCAAACGGGCCAAAACCAUUCGACUGAGUUUCAUGUUAAGCCUUACCUUCCUCCAAAAGUCCUGCAAAGUACACCCGACAAGAUAAAAAGAAAAAUCGAACAGUCUGUCGUUUUGCACUGUUUGAUUGAGAUGUUCCCCCUAAACGAUACGACGAGUAAGAACCUCAAGUGGCUAAAAGACGGAAGCCAAUUUGAGUUUCUGGACACUUUUUCAUCCAUCACCAAGCUUAACGACACACACUUAAACUUUACCUUGGAAUUUACCGAAGUUUACAAGAAGGAGAACGGAACCUACAAGUGCACAGUAUUUGACGAUAAUAGACUUGAAGUGACCUCGAAGGAAAUAACGCUGUUUGUAAUGGAAGUGCCACAAGUUAGCAUCGAUUUCGCCAAGGCUGUCGGUGCUACAAAAAUAUACCUGAACUGGACCGUAAACGACGGCAACGAUCCAGUUCAAAAGUUCUUCAUCACACUUCAGGAGGCUGGAACACCGACUUUUACCUACUACAAAGACAUUAUUAACGGCAGCCAUACGUCAUAUAUCUUAGAUCAUUUUAAACCGAAUACAACCUAUUUUUUAAGAAUAUCCGGAAAGAACUCGGUUGGCAAUGGGCUGCCCACACAACAUGCCCAGGGGAUCACUACGCUCAGCUUUGAUCCCAUAUUUAUACCGAAGGUCGAGACCACCGGCAGCACAGCGUCCACAAUAACGAUUGGCUGGAAUCCCCCGCCACCGGACCUAAUUGAUUACAUCCAAUACUACGAACUGAUUGUUUCCGAGUCGGGCGAAGUGCCCAAAGUGAUUGAAGAGGCCAUUUACCAGCAAAAUUCGCGAAAUUUGCCAUAUAUGUUUGAUAAGCUUAAAACCGCCACGGACUACGAAUUUAGGGUAAGAGCGUGUAGUGAUUUAACCAAGACCUGUGGACCAUGGUCGGAGAACGUAAACGGUACCACAAUGGACGGCGUUGCAACGAAACCCACCAACUUGACUAUCAACUGCCAUCAUGACAACGUAACGAGGGGCAACUCCAUCUCCAUUAAUUGGGACGUUCCCAAAACGCCAAAUGGCAAGGUUAUGUCGUAUUUAAUUCACUUGCUUGGCAACCCCAUGAGCACCGUGGACAGAGAGAUGUGGGGACCCAAGAUUCGAAGAAUCGACGAGCCCCACCACAAGACCCUGUAUGAAAGUGUUAGCCCGAAUACAAACUACACGGUCACAGUGUCAGCCAUCACAAGACACAAGAAGAACGGCGAACCGGCUACUGGAAGUUGUCUAAUGCCCGUUUCAACGCCAGAUUCUAUUGGAAGGACUAUGUGGACAAAAGUUAAUUUGGGAUCCAAGUACGUCCUGAAACUAUACUUGCCGAAGAUAAGCGAACGGAACGGUCCCAUAUGCUGCUACAGAUUAAACCUAGUCAGAAUUAACAAUGACAACAAGGAAUUGCCGGAACCGGAAAAGCUUAAUAUCGCCACAUAUCAGGAGGUUCACAGCGACAAUGUCACCAGAAGUAGUGCAUAUAUAGCAGAAAUGAUAAGUAGCAAGUACUUUAAACCGGAAAUAUUUUUGGGUGAUGAACAGAGAUUCAGCGAAAACAAUGAGAUAAUCAGAGAUAACGAUGAAAUCUGUCGCAGAUGCUUGGAGGGAACGCCGUUUCUGAGAAAACCUGAGGUCACUCACAGAUCACCAUUAAGUUCGUUAUCAAAUUCCGAUCCUGAACUACCGCAUUUGGGUGAAAAAGAUAACUUGAUUAAAGGCGCAAAUUUAACUGAGCAUGCUCUUAAAAUCUUAGAAAGUAAGUUGAGAGAUAAAAGGAAUGCGGUGACUAGCGAUGAGAAUCCAAUUCUAAGCUCAGUCAACACAAAUGUGCCACUCCAUGAUUCUAGUCAAGAAGUUUACGAUGGUGAGAUAGAUAUUAACUCAAACUACACUGGAUUUUUAGAGGUUAUUGUCCGGGAUAGAAAUAAUGUGCUUAUGGCAUACGGAAAAUACUUCGACAUAAUAACACCGGCUACGGAAGCGGAACCUGUUCAGAAUUUAAACAAUGCGGAGUUCUUUAUUAAUAUAGGGAUCAAAGCGGGAGCCGUACUGUUUGGUGUUCUGCUAGUUCUCAUUGUGCUGUGGAUUUUCCAUCACAAGAAAACGAAAAACGAAUUACAGGGCGAAGAUACUUUAACAUUAAGAGAUUCGUUAAGCAGGGCUUUGUUCGGUCGCCGGAGUCACAAUCAUAGUCACUUCAUUACGUCUGGAAAUCACAAAGGAUUCGAUGCUGGUCCCAUUCACAGAUUAGAUUUAGAAAACGCCUAUAAAAAUCGCCAUAAAGACACCGAUUACGGAUUUCUUCGGGAGUACGAGAUGCUGCCCAAUCGCUUUAGCGAUCGUACAACCAAGAAUAGUGAUUUGAAGGAGAAUGCCUGCAAAAACAGAUACCCCGAUAUUAAAGCUUAUGAUCAAACUCGCGUAAAGUUGGCCGUCAUAAAUGGACUGCAGACUGCAGAUUACAUAAAUGCUAACUUCGUUAUUGGAUACAAGGAGAGAAAGAAGUUUAUCUGUGCCCAGGGUCCAAUGGAAAGUACCAUCGACGAUUUUUGGCGAAUGAUUUGGGAACAACAUUUAGAAAUAAUUGUAAUGCUUACCAAUUUGGAGGAAUAUAACAAGGCCAAGUGCGCGAAAUAUUGGCCAGAAAAAGUUUUUGAUACCAAGCAGUUUGGAGAUAUUUUAGUGAAAUUUGCACAAGAACGAAAGACUGGAGAUUAUAUUGAACGAACCCUGAACGUUUCCAAGAACAAAGCCAAUGUUGGCGAAGAGGAGGACCGUAGACAGAUCACACAGUACCACUAUUUAACGUGGAAAGACUUUAUGGCACCGGAGCAUCCACAUGGCAUCAUUAAAUUCAUACGACAAAUUAACUCCGUCUAUUCCCUGCAAAGGGGUCCAAUUUUAGUUCACUGUAGUGCUGGCGUCGGCAGAACAGGAACGCUGGUGGCUCUAGAUUCCCUGAUCCAACAGCUGGAGGAAGAAGACUCAGUGUCCAUCUACAACACAGUGUGUGAUUUACGGCACCAACGGAAUUUUUUAGUUCAAUCCUUGAAACAAUACAUCUUCCUUUACCGGGCUUUAUUGGAUACUGGAACUUUUGGAAACACGGAUAUUUGCAUUGAUACUAUGGCGUCUGCUAUUGAAUCACUUAAGCGAAAGCCCAGUGAAGGCAAAUGCAAACUGGAAAUGGAAUUCGAGAAAUUACUGGUAACAACGGAUGAGAUUAGUAAAUCGUGUAGUGUGGGUGAAAACGAAGAAAACAAUAUGAAAAACAGAAGUCAAGAGAUUAUACCCUACGAUCGUAAUAGAGUAAUACUGACACCACUUCCAAUGAGGGACAACUCGACCUACAUAAACGCAUCAUUCAUAGAGGGCUAUGAUAAUAGCGAAACCUUUAUUAUUGCACAAGAUCCACUUGAGAAUACUAUUGGUGAUUUCUGGAGAAUGAUCUCAGAGCAGAGCGUUACUACCUUGGUAAUGAUAUCUGAAAUCGGAGAUGGUGCCAGAAAAUGCCCUCGAUAUUGGGCCGAUGAUGAAGUUCAAUAUGAUCACAUACUCGUAAAAUACGUGCACAGCGAAAGUUGUCCAUAUUAUACUCGCCGCGAAUUUUAUGUUACAAACUGCAAAAUAGAUGAUACGCUGAAAGUCACACAGUUUCAAUACAAUGGUUGGCCAACCGUGGACGGAGAAGUUCCAGAAGUCUGUCGGGGCAUCAUAGAACUUGUAGACCAAGCAUACAACCAUUAUAAGAACAACAAGAAUUCUGGUUGUCGAUCUCCACUCACAGUCCAUUGCAGCUUGGGAACUGAUCGAAGUUCUAUUUUCGUCGCAAUGUGCAUUUUAGUCCAGCACCUUAGACUGGAGAAGUGCGUCGACAUCUGUGCCACAACAAGGAAAUUACGAUCUCAGCGAACGGGACUUAUCAACUCAUACGCACAAUACGAGUUCCUACAUCGCGCAAUAAUUAAUUAUUCAGAUUUACAUCAGUUAGCAUUGGAUUAAGUUAGUUAUGUAUAUACCAGUACAUAAUGCGCGUUCUCGAACAUUAAUGCAUAAUGUGCUAUGAUAAAUUAUUUGUAUAUUUAUAAAAUCUUUUAAUAAAGUAUUUACAAGGGCAAAUGUAAUUUUUUUAACGAAUUAGGUUUGCCCGAAAACAUAAUAUACAUACAAAUAUAAAUGUAGUGUAUACGUAUCGUAUUGAUAAAACUACCAAAGGAAAAUAAGUAACAUAUUUUAUAAGAUACUAUGUAAUAAAAACUGAGAAUAAGAAUUGUACUUUUUUAUGAGCUUGAUGGUAUUGAA